AUGGUCAAACGCUUGCUCGAAUCGGGCCACCAUGAUGAAGCUAAACAGAAACUGCGGAAAAAUCGACAGCAAGAGGAGUUGUUUUGUGAUGAAGAAGACGUAAAUGAUUCAUUUCAUGAAUUAAGCCAAGAUGAGGAGGAAGUACUGAGCGAUAUCGAUUGGGAAGAAAUUCCUUUGGAUGGAAGUAUAACUGUCACUGUAGCUAACACACACCAAAAUACCGAGACAAUAUGCAGGCGCAAGAGGAAGCAUAAAAGAAAAAUAUUUAAUUAUCAGCGACUUAAGUAUGGGUUGCAUCUUGUAAUGAUUCCAUUUAUGCUAUCUUUGUUGGAAACUAGAAUGAAAUGGACCACCGACGAGAGAUUAAAUAGACGUCUGAGGAGAUCAGUACCCAAGCUGAUUACCAAGAAAUUUAAAGUUUGGGGUGCAAAGGAUCAAACUUCCAAAACUGCUUCCUUGAGGACACUAUUACUUGGACUAGUGCUAUGGUUUCGUUCCAACUACAAAAUCAAUAGCAACGGUAUCAGACAGAACCUUAACAGGUUACAUUAUCUCAUGAAGUACGCGGAUAAUCAAGAGGCUAGUCCGCUCUCUAAAUCCACAUACAAACACGUUUUUGAUAAUCAGCAAGAAUUCUAUGGUAACAGACCAUUGCUGAAUAAUGACAUUGAGGAUAUUCGAAACAUGGCUAAGAAGAAGAUGGCCAACAGAGAUAUACUGACUUUGUUCUUCUUAAUUAUCUUAAAUAAUAUUUUACCAGGGGCCAAGAAUCUUUAUUUGUGCUUUGCUUUGCCGUUGCACGAUUACGAUAUUAGGUGUAAUAAAGUCAAAUGGCAAAUUGAACACGGAAUCGGCAGAGUACCUAAUAUAUUUGAUACUGAUCUGAUACAACCGUAUUUUUGGAUUGAAUUAGAGGUUUCUUCCUUAAGCAAGGAUGAGCUAUAUAUCAUCGAUCCUAUAGCCCACCUGGAUGAAAGCGAAAUUGUUUUAAAAACUCGCAAAAAUCAGUUUGUUCCUAAUUAUCAGCCUCCAAUGGACAUGAAGCUCAAUCUGACUCAGAGGUUCCACUACGUGGUUCACAUGGAAUACACCAAAGGAAUAAUACAGGAUGUUUCUCCGAGGUAUGUGCCAAAUGUUUGCUACAGAUACUUCACUUUAUCUGAUUCUUCUCCCAUAUUGAAAUCAAAGCAUUAUAUAAGCUACCAAAAUAUUUCUAGGUGGUUGAAAAUAUGGAACCGAAAAAAGGCCCCCUACCAUAAUGAUGCGUUAAUGGCUGAUAUUGCGCUAUCCAAUUUUGUAUUGCCAAAAAGUGUCACAGAAAUUAAAAGAACUGAUAAUUUUAUAAUUCCUUCGAUACUAAAGUCUAAUGAAGUACUAGAUUUACACGCAAAACCAGUUUCCUCGAUACCCGAAAUGAACAGUUUGAGAGAGCCUGUUUUUUGGAAAAAAGACGUUAUACUAUUGAAGAGUAAACAACAUUGGGCAAUACUAGGCCGUUCCAUUUUACCUGAUGCCAGACCAUUAAAACGUAAGAAGUACCUACCAAUGAAAGAACGAAUGGGCAAUAAUCUAGACAGAUACGUUAUAAAAGAAUUAUUCUCAUGCGAACAGACAAUGAAGACCCCUAAAUACUCUAAUACAUAUCAUGACCACUUCGGUUACGAGCAUGUGGUUGAAGAUGUGUCCCAUUUUAAGAAUAAAUUCGGCAACAUCGAAAUUUAUUCAAUAGACAAUAAACCUGACGGAUUCGAGUUGGUUGCACUCAACAAAGAUGACGAUGUCAAGGGUCUCAUAAAGAAAUACAACAAAGCCCAAAAACAAGCCCAAAGAAUCAAGUACUUGGAAGUGGUGAGUGGUUUUGAUUUCAGACAGAAACAGGGCCACGCUAUUCCCAAAAUCGAAAACAUCCUAGUCAAAGAGAGUGACUACAAAUUGAUCCAAGAUUUGAAAAGUAAAACCAAAUUACUAAAGGGGCUCUCCCUUUGGGAUAGUUUAUUAACAAAGCUACGGGUCAAGGACAGAUUAAAUGCUGACUAUGGAAAUCUUGAAAAAAAUGACGAAGUUUGUGAUGGCCAUUGA